AUGGACAGCGAAUGCAUAUUUUGCAGUAUUUACUCAAAAGAUAUGAACGUGCUGUAUAAGGAUUCACGGGUGUUUAUCAUUCUUGAUAUAAGACCUUUGUCAAAAGGCCAUUUGUUGGUCAUACCUGUCAAACAUGGCGAGUUCCUCUACGAUUGUGAAGAGGAAGACGUGGCACAUGCGAUGCGCACGAUAUGGAAAGCCGUUAAGCUGCUCGGAAUAAAAAAGUUUAACAUAUUGCAGAACAACGGCCAUAUACAGAGCGUGCCACAUGUUCAUUUCCAUAUCGUGCCGUGCAUAGACAAAGUGAACUGUCUGAAAAUUGACUGGAAGGUGGUCGAUACUCCGUUGGAUUACGUCAAUGAAAACGUGAAGAAAUUGAAAGAAGAAUUUAAAAAAUUAAAUUAACCUUUCCUAAGACCUAA